UCAAAGUAUGUGUAUAGCCUACUAACAUGCGCUCAUAGGCUACCUUGGUUGCAGAGCGACUAAUGAUUUGGUUAAACACAAGUCCAAAUCGACCUGGGGGCGGAUCAUGGUAUUACAAUAACCUACGUAACCCUUUUGAGGGUCAAAUGUUGAGCAACUUGGGAGUAAAGUCUCAUUUGACCGGGACUCACACGAGGGUUGAGUUUUAGAGUAGACCUACUAUCAUGGAAGCAAUCCGUCGUCAGAUCCCAUACACUCCAAAAGCACCUGUCAGACAGGGCAUCUACAGCCAGGCGGUGGUGGUUGGUAGAACCAUGUACAUCUCCGGUCAGAUUGGACUCGACACGGUCUCUGGUCAGCUGGUGGAGGGAGGAGUCCAGGCCCAGGCCAAGCAGGCACUCACCAACAUGGGAGAGAUCCUCAAGACUGCUGAAUGUGACUACAACAACGUGUGUAAGACCACCGUGUUGCUGGCGGACAUUAAUGACUUCAACGCCGUCAACGAAGUCUAUAAGACCUUCUUCACCAGUAAUUUCCCUGCCAGAGCAGCCUACCAGGUCGCUGCUCUACCCAGGGGUGCUCUUGUGGAGAUUGAAGCGGUGGCGGUAACGGGGCCCAUCAGUGAUCAAUGACUAGACGGCCCCCUCAUACACAAGUUAUAGUAGACACACACACACACACACACACACACACGUUAUAACAUACACAGUUCUCACCUGAUGACGUGGUUAAUGCAUUCCCACCCAACUCCAGCAUCAGUGCAGAGUCAUUUGAACCAGCCCCCGGACCUUGUUUGGUUGGCUGUGCCUACUUAUGUAAUGGUACAAGCCACAUUUUUCCUUUCUUAAAUAAAAAAGAAAAGUCACAAACUG